AGAACAGUUCACGGUAAUUCGUCAUCCAUUUCUCUAAACAGUUGGCAGAAUUUGUGCGUGCUGUGUGCGCUAGUCUGCCGACGGCGUCCGUUCGUAGGAAAGAGAGGAGACAUUGGAAGGAGCCCUUUUGUCAAAUUAAAGGAAAUCAAGUUCGGAUUGAGAAGUAACUCUGAUAGUCGGGUAAAAGAGAAAUCAAGAAAGUCCGGAGGUUAACAAGGUGAUAGUUGAGCUGCGUUUUGGAUUCUUUGACCUCUUGAACUCCCCGCGAGUUUUUUCUUCCCGCGAGGUGAAUAACAGUGGUACAUAGACAAACCCCUGACCCCUCCGCUGAAGCUUCGCGCUUCGGCGCCUAGACUAUAUUAGAAGAAAGGAAAAAGAAAUUGCGGAAGCGGGGAGGUUAAGAGGACGGCACGAAAGGGAGAACGCGCCGUCCAUCACCAUGAAGCUCGUUGACCACGUGGUGAGGAGCUUCAAGGUGGCCAAAGUUUUCCGUGAAAAUUCCGAUCGCAUAAAUAGCAUCGAUUUUUCACCAAACGGGGAUACUUUGAUCUCCUGCUCGGAAGAUGACCAGAUCGUGAUAUAUGACUGUGAGAAAGGCACUCAGGUGCGUACAGUCAAUUCCAAGAAAUAUGGUGUAGAUUUAAUCCAUUUCACCCAUGCAAAGAAUACUGCGAUACACAGCAGUACAAAAAUUGAUGACACCAUCCGUUAUCUAAGCUUGCAUGAUAAUAAGUAUAUCAGAUAUUUCCCAGGUCAUAGCAAGAAAGUUGUAUCGUUAUGUAUCAGCCCUAUAGAAGAUACAUUUCUUUCUGGAUCUUUAGAUAAAUCAUUAAGACUAUGGGAUUUACGUUCUCCUAAUUGUCAUGGUGUUAUGAAUGUUUCGGGACGUCCAGUUGCUGCAUAUGAUCCAGAGGGUCUGAUUUUCGCAGCAGGUGUCAAUUCAGAGUUCUUGAAGCUGUAUGAUCUACGCAGUUUCGACAAAGGGCCAUUUGUUACAUUUAAAUUAUCUCAAGAGAAGGAAUGUGAUUGGACAGGACUAAAGUUUAGUAGAGAUGGUAAAACCAUUUUGAUCUCUACAAAUGGCAGCACAAUCCGUUUGAUUGAUGCCUUUCAUGGUACUCCGCUACAAACAUUUGCUGGUUAUUUGAACAACAAAGGAAUUGCAAUUGAAGCCAGCUUUAGUCCUGAUUCACAGUUUGUAUUUAGUGGAUCCACAGAUGGGAGAGUGCAUGUAUGGAAUGCUGAAACUGGAUACAAAGUUUGUGUGCUUAAUGGAGAUCACCCUGCACCAGUUCAGUGUAUUCAAUUUAAUCCUAAGUAUAUGAUGUUAGCAUCUGCCUGUACCAAUAUGGCAUUUUGGUUGCCUACUAUUGACGAAAAUGCAUAAAAUCAAUGCAUCAAAUACUGGGCAAUGCUUGCUAGAAUUUACCUAAUUUUGUGCAAGAAGGAACUGAAAAUGACAUCGGUUCAAGGAGGGAAUAACAAUAAUUCUUGGGUAUUUCAAAUGAGCAGAAAUUGCAUUUACAUUAUGUACGAGGUUAACUAACCGACGUAUGAGACGCCGGUGCUGGAACAAACCCAAGCAGCAGAAAAAAUGGCUACAAUAUCCAGGAAAUUGGCCCGCUUGGCUCAUUGGCUUGCUUUGAGUAUGUCAUGCAUGGUUUAUGUAUUUUGCCAUUUUCAUCUUCAUCGUCAUAUACUCUGUGGCGCGAUGAACGUGACCAUCAUAAUACCUUGCCAAUAUUUAAAAAUCGUGAUACACCAUCACUUCUCUUAUUUCUCAAAGUAUGCUACAAAUAUUGCUAGUAUUUGGAUAUGUCAUCUUGUGUACAUAAUUCCUUCUUGUGUACCUGUGUGUAGUAACGAUACAGAAUUAUCUAUACCAUACAGACAUCUGAACAGUUUGACCAUACUUUGGCAAAACCAAUAACUUCAAUAAUUAUUUUGAUUCACUGCACUAAAAAAGAAAUUAACAUAUAUUAUAUUACCAAUAGAAUAUAUUUGUAUAGAUUUUUUAAUUGAAACAUUUUGAUGUUUUUCACUUGACAUAAGUUUGUACAGCACAAAAAAAGAAAAAAAAAUAGUUCUUUUAUUAAUACUUCGAAAACAAAUCGAAUUCUAUAUCUACUAUAUGAAAUUUUACAUUUUAUUCUAUGAUACAUAAUUGGUUGAUGAAAAGAAGAAUUGUAGUCGCUGAUAUCGCGCAUGGAGAAAUUGUUGUAAUCAUAUUGCAUUAACACAUAUCUCAACAAAUUGAUUCAUUAAUUAAAUUUGCUAGUGGCCGUCCGAAAUCAGGGAUAUUUUUCGUAACCUCAUUAUGAACGGGCGUUCACUUGAAAUUCAAUGAUUAUACGACCUCGUUGCGCGCAAGAACGAUAGGAUAUCGAGCUUAUUUAUUAUGCGCAAUAAACAUGUAAAAUGUCUUAAAUAGACACUUCGUUGACGGCAGUAAAGUAUCUCGUGUUUCUACUACUUCCAUGCGAUAAAGGUAUAAUAAUUCUGAAAGUAUACUGCCAACGUUGGCACUUAUGUUAUUGUAUAUGUAUUAUUCUAGAUACGGUAUCAUUUUUAAUCUACAUGCGUGGAACCGGCGGGCCGGGUGAGAAAACAUUCGAUGAUGGUAGGAAGUGCAGUUAAGUCUAAUCAUUUUCACACAGUAGUUCGGUAAAUUUUAAUGUUUACAUGUAUGCGAUAAAGCAUUUUACUAUAAGACAACAGGUGCAUUGGAAUGAACAGGCAGCAUUUUAUUACAAAUUAAAAAAGAGAAAAAGAUAUAAAAAAGAAAAAAAAAAAGUUCGACAAUCCAUCCUUUUAAUAUGAUAUAAUUGUAGUUAAAUGGCUGUUUCGUUUCAUUCUAUACGUAUAUAAGUCCAUACUUAAUAAAUUAUCGAAAUUGUAUUGUUUGCUUAGGAUAAAAAACUGAAGAUAUCGCGAAAACCGCGUCGAAAAGAAUAUCACACAAAAUUGUAUGACUUGUACUACAUAUUUACAACACUGCUCGUGCACAUUCUGUCUGUUCGAUUAUAUAGCCCUGCCUUCAUCAUACGUGUAUAUAUCAUUAUAUCCACAAUGUCCUCUAGAAUUUCUAGAUGUUUUCCUUAACAUACCUUAUGCAAGAGUAGAUGAUUGUAUUAUUCUAUACGAAAAAAACGCAUACGUAUGUGUAACAUGUAUGAUUGUGUUGCAUAUUUGCGUAUUGUCUAUUGAUUCUACAACAGUGUAUGAGUGCGUGUACGAAUGUCUCUUUGUGUGUAAUGUGUUCGCUUGUAUAUCUUCGAGGUCGGCGAGCUCUUGAAUGCAUUACUUGUGCGCCAAUGCACGAGAGUUCGCCACAUCUUGUAAAAUAGUAUUUUUCUAAGUGGCGAAACAGUGUACGCAAAGAUUGCGGUCUACGUUGAACAUGCGAAAAUGAAGAAAUACGAUUGUUAUUUAAAAACGUGUAUUGUACGUAAUUAACAAAAAAGAAGACGAAUAUACGCCGAAUUUAACGAAUCAGAUCGAAGCAAAGAUUUCAUAUGGCACCCGAAAGAUAGACUCGAAGAAAUCAAAUCGUUUUGAAAGUACCAUGAUCGAUCCACGUAUAUAGAUUAAAAUACUUUCAUACUGCCAAAUAUAAUUGAAUAAAUUCAAGCCCAUGCCAAGAAUAAUCUCGAAUACGAAUUUCUGUAAAUCGUUUAACAUGCGAAACACUGUGUUCCCAAACGGAAAAAGCGACAACUUGUAUAUAUUCUGGCAAGUUAACGACGGAACAUUAUCUAAUCGAUAAAUUUACGUUCUUCCGUGAGCGGAGACGCGGAAAUUGAUCAUUGAUCGAUUAGAUUUUUCAGUGGUUAUAAGUCCACUUCAAUUUGUUUCCACGUUUAAAGCGUCAGUCAGGGGCAUAAAUAAACGAUUCUUUUUUCCUGAGAUUGUACAAAUCCUCGUAGAGUUGUAUAUAUAAAAACAAAAUAAUAUGAUAUUUUUUUUUUAUAAACAUCAGUCUUCAUUUAGUGAUUGUAUAUUUACAUUUUAUUGUCCACAACGGGGAUACACAAUCUAUAAAAAAGAAGGUAAUAUUGUACGAGCCAAGAACUUUUUUUGUUAAACCAUUUAGUUUAAUUUUUGUCAUAUUUAACUAUUUGAAUGAAGUAAAAGAAAUAUUAUUUCUAAACUAUACAAUAUCACUCAUUUACGCCUCUGUCAUGACCAUCGAUUUAUGCGGCCACUUAACAUAGGGAUUUAGAACUGAAUUAAGAUUAGGUGUAUAUUGUGUCAAUCGAAUGAAUUUUAACAAUUAUGAGAACGUUUUAUUAAAA